AUGGUUUUAUCUCCAUCCCAGAGACUCUGGGUGCUGGCUGCAAUGGUGGUUGGGGUGGUGGAGCUAUCCGGAGCCCUGCAGAAGUGCAUCUUCGAUGAGGUUCAGGCCCAGGCCAGGGUGGUACGAGCUGGACCCGUCCACCCAGACAGUCCACCCAACGAGCUCAGACUCAGAGCCCAGGCCGGCCAACAGACCAAUCAUCCAGGACGGAGGGCAUCACCUCUGCCUGGCCUGUCAGUGGAACAGAGGAAGAGCCUGAGAAAGAGAGCCCUGCCCACUCCUGUCUCUCCACAGCCGAUCAGGAUUCGGACCUGGAUUCCAAAAGAGAGCAACAACCUAGCGGAGGCUGAGAAAGAAAGGCUGGAGGCAGCAGUGGCAGAGGCUGUGAGGAUGGUGUCUUCUUUACUGUCAGUGAACAGAGUACCGGGUCCGUUGCGGCUCACUAGAGACAUCAACAAAUACUGCAAGUUUCUCUGGAGGAAUUCAAGCACUGCCAACUACAACAGGUGUGGUCGAGCCAACAUCAGAUACAGAUCUGAGACCUGCCUGGAUGUGACGAUCCCAGAUGAUCAUCUGGCCGGAUGUGAUAUUUACCCGGAGGCUGAUUCACCUCGCAGGGCUGUUCUCCGUCCUGAAGGUGCUGGACUCCCCGACACAGACUUCCUGCUGUAUCUCCACGUGCAGGCCACUGACAAGUGCCGAACUGAGCCUAACGUGUUGGCCUACGCUGUCCACUGCCAGGCAGACGCCCGUGGACGACCUGUGGCUGGGGUGGUGAUCAUCUGCAGGGACAGACUGACAGGAGCCGCAUACAGCCACCAGACUACUGUACAGACUGUGAUCCAUGAGCUGUUUCAUGCACUUGGUUUCUCCAAAGAUCUUUUCCACACCUGGAGAGACUGUUCGUCCACUUCUCAAGUGGGUGCUGGCUGUUCUCCUCGAGGCAAAGUGACUCACCCUGAUGAAUCAGGCCAGAUGAGGAUUUACACCCCGUCUGUCAUCUCAGCCCUGCAGAAGCACCUGGAGUCCGCUGACCCUGAGCUAGGGGGGCCGCUAGAGAAUCUGGGUGUACCUCCAGGCAGCGUGUCCUCACACUGGGAGUCCCGGGUCCUGCAGGGCUCCAUCAUGGCGGCUGUGCUGGGGGACUCGACCACAGUCCGGAUUGACCCGGCCACCUUGGCUGCCUUACAGGAUACGGGCUGGUAUGCCGUAGACCUGAGCCGGGCACAGAGUCUAGUCUGGGGAGACGGUGAGGGAGCCAUGUUUGGUUCCCUUUCAACCUGUCAGGACAAUUCCUCAUCCUUUUUCUGCACGGGCAGUGGAUUUGGGUGUCAUUAUCUUCACCUCCACAAGGGGGAGUGCCAGACCGAUCAAUACCUGGAGGGAUGUCGAGUGUAUAAACCUCUCAAGAAUGGAAGUGAGUGCUGGAAAGGGGAAAAUGGCAGUCAGUCAACUGAAGAGGACCUGAGUGGGGAAAUUUUUGGCUUUGACAGCCGUUGCUUCUUUUCCAACCUGACUAGACAGAACCAAAGGGAGUUUAUUUUAUUCAGCAGCUCUGUUCAGGGAUGUUGUUAUAGACAAAGGUGCACUGGACCAAACAGAUACCAAAUCCAGGUGUCUGGCUCUGAAUGGGUGGACUGUCCAGCAGGGGGGACCAUUCAGAUUAAAGGAUACCAGGGUUUAGUUUUUUGCCCUGACAGAAGGUUAUGCCUGUACGCUGACAUUACACUGCCCUCAGACGAAGUCACUACAUUUCCUUCUUCUAUCACAAGCGAUCCCAACGAGACUUUAACUUCAGGCCAGAAUGGGACCUGGUUGCCCUCCAGACCUCCUACAGAGCUUGUUGUAGCCACAGCGCUCGGCAUCACUGCUGCUGUUUGUCUCCUGGCUGCAGUCGUGGUGUCUUACAGGAAGUGUUGCCCCUUCAGGAUCAGGAUCCACACUGCCCCAGAUAAUCACACUGAUCUGUAGCAAACACUGCCAUAAAACAUUCUGACUCAGUGUUGUAUAAACUAAAUGUACUAAAUAAAGAAUGCCUUGCAAGUGUUUGGGAAUGUGAGCGGUUUUGAGAUGCCUAAGGCAUGGAAAGGUUCUGCUUGCAAACAGACCAUAAGCCUCUUGUCCCUUUGAUGAGCUCACAUGACCUCUGCAAAGCACCUGUGAGAUGCCAGCGGUUGUUAAUGCCUCUGAUGAAGUGGUACAUUGAAGCUGUCCACCUCCAAGGAAAGCAGUUCGUCAUGGCUGAUACUCAAAACCCCUAUACCUCAAGACAGAGGCAGCACUACCAGAGAUGUUUAGGACUUUGGUACUCUGCAUCACUGUGAAAACAGAAAUAAUUUAUUCAAACCAAUAGUAGGCUAUAUAUUUAUUAACUGUAUUUUAUUAUUUUAUUUUAGUAUUUACUUAUAUGGAGAUUGAAAACAAAAAGAGAAUGAAAAGUGAAAUUAACAGAUUGAAUAAAGAUACAGAGAUCAAAAUGACUACACCCAAAAUUAAAGAUGCUAAAGUAAAAUCAAGCAAAAUGAUUUUCACGAAAACAGAAUAAACAGAGAUUCAAUUACUUGAAAUGUCAUAAAACAUGUUAAUAACCAUGCUUUUGAUUUUAAAGUGGAACUAGUCCAUGUAAAUGUUUCAUGCUUGUAUAGGGUUGAGUUCCUCUCUCAGUAGCAACAGUAAUGAAGACUGGCAUUAUAAAGAACAUUUUUAAAUAAAGAUGUAUUUUUAUUUCUUGACAUCAGUGUUAAAUUAACAGAAUUAUGUCCUCUUCCACACAGGUAUAGAGGUCUGUCUGGGUGCAACACCAGUGGAGCAAAUCUUGUGAUAUGAGGAUGACUUCAGGCACUCUUCAGUGAUCUUCAGACACACAAAGCAGAACUGCACCAUACAAUGAGGGCAAUAGAUGUUUUUACAUCGAGUUCCGUUAUGCUCCACCAGAAAACCACAGGUGGGACAGGUACGGAUGCAGGGACAGCCAGUGACGCCCUUCACAGACUCAAAGACGAUAUCUGGACAGUUUCUCAGUGUUUCUAAUGGCUCAUUGAUGCAGCCGUCAUUUUCACAGCGGUCUGAACGUGGAGCCGGACCUUUCCAUUCCCUCAAACACUGCCAGCAGAAUCUGAAAGGUCUUCUUUUGGCAGCUGUGAACGUUGUGCACUCGACACACAGAUCACUGAGAUCAGCCCUCACUAUGCGAGACUUGCAGCCAGGACACUGUUGAGUGAAGUUACACAGAAUGAGAGGUUUUUAAAAUCACCCUUGAAUUUUCAUUGACAACAGUUUUUCAUAGUGUAUAAAUAGUGUAAAUAUUUUCAUUGAAAUACAAAUUUGAUGUCCAA